AUGGCAGGAACAAGUAAUGAGGUCCAUUUAAUCAACUUUGAUCCCCAGAAUUUGACUAAUACUAGGAGCAUUCCAUUUCGAACAAUUCAAUUUCUUACCCAUCAGCAAUGCAUGGAAAUAUAUGCCGAGUACUGCAUUGUAACUGGGGAUAUUGAUAUGUCCAAUUUAGUUCAGUCCUUAUUGGAUACUUUACUCUUAUCUUAUCACCCACAAAUGAUUAUAUCUAUUAUUGGUGGCAAUAAUAAUCAGGAAACACUAAUCCAACAUGAAUCAAUUUGCAAAACUAUCAAAGCAAUUAAUAGCAAAUUACGCUUAUUAAUAAUUACAAAUGGCUAUCAUAGUGGCCUUACUCGUUCAGUUGCUGAAGGAUUUUCAACUGCAGAACCAAAUCAAAAUAAUGUUACUUUAAUUGGUAUCAAUUCCUUGCAAGCUAUACAAUCUAGCGAUGAGUUAGCUUACAAUAAGCAAUGCUCAGAUCAAGUAUAUUCAGAAUAUCAUAUCCAUGACGACAUCCUUGGAAAUCAUUACCUUGAUCCCUGCCAUGAUUGCUUCAUCCUAUUUGAAGACGGUGAUGUUCUGCAACUAAGAAUCCAGUUACAACAAGCUCUGCAAAACUCUUUCCAUCAUAUACCAGUAUCAAGCACUCCUUUAAAAUCUCAGAAGAUCCAAUGCCAUGACACAAUUUCAGUGGUUAGCUUACUGAUUGGAGGUAAUAUGCUGGAUCUGAAAUUAUCCCUAGAUACAAUACUUCGUGAAGAUUUCUUAUUUAUUGUUUGUGGGAGUGGUGGAGCGGCUGACUUACUUUACGAACUCGUGAGCUUUAAAGAAGCUCUUACUAGGGAAAACAUAGAAAAUGCAGUACUCCGCUACUUUUCGUUCACUGUUCAAUCCGAUAUGGAUCAUAUAACUGCUUAUCAGACAUAUUUAAUUGAUGCUAUUGAUCGUAAGGAUUUGAUUCAUGUUAUUCGCAUAACUAAAAUUCGAGAUUUUUCAGACGAUAUAUACCAAGUAUUGCUUUGUAAUUAUAAAACUCAAACACAAAGAUAUAAAAUGCAAUUCCUGUGGGGCAAAAUUGAUGAAGUAACAUUGAGCUUGGACAUUUGCAAUAUGGUUAGUAAUACCGACUUACCAAAAUUCUCAAUCCACUAUUUGAUUCGAUGUGCUUACAUGAAAGGCCUAGCAACAGUAAUUUAUGCCCUCGUCCGCACUGGAAAACUAUCUUACCGUGAUGCAUUAGAAGGAGCAAUAUUGUCCGUUUUAUUUGAUGGUGCAAAGCAGACGCUACAAGUUGUUGAUUUCUUAUUGGAGAAGGGUACUUUCAAAAUUUAUCAUUUUGUAACUGUCAACAAACUAAAGGAUCUCUAUUGGGAAAUUCAUUUAUCGGAUAUUGGGCAGAAAAUCUCAACAAUUAUGGGCUUUGGCUAUAUAAAUCCGUAUCAUCUUAAUGAAACUGAGGAGACAAGGAAGCAAAAAAAUUCAUGUUGCUGUCGUAAAUUCGCUAGUAGAAACUCUAACGAAUAUGAAAAUUGGACUAGUCAAUCGAUUUUUGCUAUCCGUGAGCUAUUUCUGUGGUCAUUAUGGACAUCUCAUCUGGAAUUAAGUUACCAUUUUUGGAAACAGCUAGCUCAUCCUAUUAUAGCAGGCUUGGUAGCAUAUAAAAUACUAAGUUAUAGGGUAGAGGUAGAAAAGCACGCGGUGAUGAAACAAAAAUGUGGAAAAUAUGCCAGAUGGUAUAAGUCUGCAGCCUUUGAGAUGAUCCAAGAUUUGUCGCAGGAAGAUCACUUGGCUUGCAGUUAUCAUUUACUAAAAGAUUCACCUGAGUGGGGGCAAAUGUCGUGCUUUUCUAUUAUUAUGCUUUUACCUCAUUUCGACGACUUUAUUGGCUUAGAUUCUUAUAUUCGGGCCCUAAAAUCAGUUUGGAAUGGUGUUUUAGGAGAGGAACUGAAAGUACGACAGAUAUUUAUGUCGACCAUGUCUCCUUUGGCCAGCUUAUGGAGAAAUUCCUCAAGUCUUAAAAAUUCUAACCACCCAUCGAAUCGAGAUGCAGAAGAGGCAACUAUGUCACGCAAACGAGGAAAACAUCAUAAGCAUAUCCUUAGCAGCAAGAAACAGCUUGAAAAAUAUUAUGUGACUCCACGUCUUAAAUAUUUCAUUCAUGCGACCUUUUACCUGGCCUUCUUAGUUUCAUACGCCAUUUUUAUCACAAUAUCAUUUCGGGAUCUACCAACGCUAGCAGAACAAGUAAUAAUUGCAUGGGUAUUUUCUAUGACCAUAGAAGAAAUUAUACAGUGUGGCGAUUUGAUGUCGUUCUUGGUCCUACUCUUAGUAUUUCUGAUCGCUUUCGGUGUUGCUACACAAGCUAUCCUAUACCCAAAUCAACUAUCUAUCCGUAAAGCCAUGACUAAUAUCUUAGUCGUACCUUAUCUUCGGGUAUUUGGGGAGACUUUGGUCGAUGAAAGUGCCGUAGUUUUACUCUUUAACCUAUUAAUUGCUAUUCUCAACAAAAGUUACGAUCAGCUAGAAUCUGAAACAAAAGCCAUCUGGGCAAAACAAUUCUCUGAACUAGUUCAUGACUUUAUUUUUCGAUCUGCCCUUGCUCCUCCAAUGAAUCUGAUACGAUUGGUUCUUUUUAUUUGCCGAUCAUUUUAUAAUGGUCAAAUAUAUUAUCCAUGGUAUAAGAACGAUUCUGAAAAGUAUACAGACUACCUAAAAUAUCAUGCUCAAUAUUAUGAUGGUAUCCAGUGGGAAGCUGAAGAAGCUUACAAAACUGUUAAAAUCCAUUAUUUUAAUAAAGAGCUAGAAACACCUUGUCCUGAUAUUUAUAUGAUAAUUGCCGUAAGUUAG